AUGUCAAGUAGAACAACUCUGAGCUGGCUAGGGCCAGGAGCCCUGGCCCUAGUCAUGCUGGUUGUUAUAGGAAGUUGUGUGGGAAUGGUGGAAGAAGAGAGCCCAAUCUUCAGAAGCUUUGGUGAAUUUGAACCUGGGUUCAGAAUGCUCUGAGGUGGUAGCGCUUGUGGGUCAGGGAAAUGCUACACCGAUCCUUGUGGAGAGGAAUGCGAUGACGGAAAUAAGGAUAAUGGAGAUGGUUGAGAUAGUGACUGAAAGAUUGAAAGCGGAUAUACUUGUAACUGCUCUACAAGUUCUGCAUCUAUUUGAACAAAGCUGUGAGGAAAUGGGAGUAAUAACCCCGGUGAGCAAUGUGAUGAUGACAACGAGACAAAUGGAGAUGGAUGCGACCAAAAUUGAAGCAUAGAAUCAGGAUAUACAUGUAAUGGAUGGCCCUCGACUUGAGUAGCAAAUCCAUGACCAAAUGGAAUCAUAGAUUCUGGGGAACAGUGUGAUGAUAAUAAUGGAACAGAUGGAGAUGGAUGUAGUUCGUCAUGCCAAAUAGAGUCAGGUUAUGAAUGUUCAGGAACACCUAGCUCAUGAAACUUAAUCUGAAGUAACUCAGCUAUUGAUUCAGGAGAGCAGUGUGAUGAUGGUGAUGCUACUUCAGGGGAUGGAUGAAACUCAGCCUGUCAAAUUGAAUCUGGAUAUGAGUGAAAUGGAACUCCAAGUUCAUGAAAUUUAAUUUGAGGCAACUCAGCCAUUGAUUCAGGUGAGCAAUGUGACGAUGGAGGGGUAACAGCAGGAGAUGGUUGAGAUGCUUCCUGACAAAUAGAGUCAGGUUAUGAAUGAAAUGGAACACCUAGCUCAUGAAGCCUGGUCUGAAGUAACUCAGUUAUUGAUUCAGGAGAAGCAUGAGAUGAUGGAGGAGUGGCUUCGAGUGAUGGAUGAGAUGCAACAUGACAAAUAGAAUCAGGGUGGGAGUGUUCUGGAGCUCCUAGUUCUUGAAACCUUAUCUGAAGUAACUCUCGUAUAGAUUCGGGUGAGCAGUGUGAUGAUGGAGGCUCAUCAGGAGGUGAUGGCUGAGAUUCAACUUGUCAAAUAGAAUCUGGAUGGGAAUGCUCAGGAGCACCAAGCUCUUGUAACUUGAUGUGAAGUAAUGGGAGAAUUGACUCAGGAGAGCAAUGUGAUGAUGGUAAUCUCAUCAACGGAGAUGGCUGAGAUAGCACAUGCAAUAUUGAAGGUGGUUGGGAAUGAUCUACUUCAAAUCCAAGUUCUUGCAAUCUCAUCUGCUCCAACUCCAGAAUUGAUGGUAGUGAAACAUGAGAUGAUGGCAACCUUAUCAAUGGAGAUGGCUGAGAUGAUACUUGUCAAGUUGAAACACUCUACGAAUGUCCAAUAUCCAACCCUAGCGUCUGCAACUUAAUUUGAAGCAAUAGUGAGAAUAACUCACCAGAAGAAUGCGACGAUGGAAACACAGUUGACAAUGAUGGGUGAGACAGCAACUGUAAAAUUGAAGAAGGAUGGGUCUGAUCAUCUUAUCCAAGUCAGUGCUCAUUUUGAGGAGAUGGUAAAAUAGAAUAUGAUGAAAAAUGUGAUGAUAGUAACAUAUUAUCAGAAGAUGGUUGAAGCACUGUUUGAAAGAUAGAGACCAAUUAUAAAUGAACAGGAGAACCGUCGGUGUGUAAUAUUACUAAAAUUGAAGCUUCUGCUGAAGUAAAACAAAUCGGAACAGCGGUUUCAGCAUCAUUAAAUGCUGGAAUGUCCUCACAACUUGCAAUUGCAACUAUUUUAGGACAAAGUUUGUCAUCAAUGUGGAUUCUUAUCAACACACUCCAAAUUAUUAACUACUCUGCAAUGAUGACUUUGUAUUUUCCUAAAAUUGUCAUAACACUUUUCAGCUACUUAGGAGUAGCCAAUCUUGAAAACAAAAUGUUCUCUAAUCUGUACUUGUUGCAUUUCGACAACUCUCAGGUUGAAGACAGAGCUUCAUGGGAUUACAGGUUUGAGAAUCAGAAUGUAGAGUCUACCAAUGUGCUUCUAAACUGCGCAGAUAUGUUCUUUGCAUUGAUUUUAUUGGCAAUAUACAAUUUUUUUGUAAUGAUACUCGGAUGAAUUUUGAGACGCUUCUGGCCUUAUGAUAACAAACUUGGAAAAGAUGCCAAAUUUUGGACUAAAAUAAUGACUUUCUUUAGUAAGAGGGUCAGUGUAAUGCAAGAAGAAUUCUUUUUCAACUCGGUGUAUAGAAUUGCUUUUGAAUUGUUUCUGGAUAUCUGUUUUGCCAGUUUGUACAACAUCUAUAAUCUGCAAUGGGUUAACUACAUUGAUUAUUACUCUAAUAUUGUAUCUUUCAUAUGGAUAUUUUUAUUUUCUCUUAUUCUACUUAGCAUUCCAUUUUUGUAUUGCUGGAUACCCAAGAACUACGACAAAGAAAACGGUAGAUUCAAAGUGUUCUUUGAAGACUUUAAGCACAGUCACAAAGUGUACAUGCUAGACCACUUUAUAUUUCUUUUGAGAAGACUUUCUUUGAUCCUUGUGCUGAUCAUGAGGUGGAAUCAUGGAAUCCAGCAAAUAGGUAUCUUUCUGAUUGCAUGAGUAAUUGUAGUCUUAUGGAAAAUUAUUGCUCGACCGUUUAAAAGUGCUAUUUUGAAUUUCCAAGAUUCUCUCUUUGAAAUAUUCUUGACUUGAAUCAUUCUCAUGUACUUUAAAUUUACAAACUCAGAUGAUGAAUUAGCCUCAUCUGGAGCAAAUCACUGGAUUGGACUCGCUUGAGCAUUUCUAGUAUUAACAAUGAUUAUCAUAAACUUUAUCACGAUGAUCUACCUGAAUAUUCAUAAAUUAUGUUUCAAGAAGAAAAAGGGUCAAAUCAAUGUGAAGAAAGCGAUGAAAAGGAUCAAAAGGAAGAUUCCUGCAAAUAUGGAUUUGAGGAAGAUAUAUGAAAGAGAGAGUAUACCCAAGAGGAUGCAAGAAAAUAACAACCUUUGAUCAGAAAUUUCAGAAUUUCAAAAAUCAGUAUCAGACAACUCCAAAAUGUCUAUUUUCCACUCUAAACCCAACACUCGUCCAAGACUCCCUACCACAGACACAAUUCCCCCCAAAAUUUACCACCGUGAUGACCCUAACCUCCCAAGUGGAUCUGUUCAUGGCUUUGAUAGGCAGCAGCCAAGAAAGUUACAUGUUUCGAAUGUUAAGUAUGGAGAAAGGGUUUUUAAGAUGUAAGUUAGUUCAUUCUGGGA